AUGAAAAGAGAAGUUGUUCAUGUACUUGUAAAUGAUGAGAUAGAAAAUGAUAAAAUCGAAAAAACAAAAGAAGAUAUACUUUUAGAAUAUUUGAGAGAUAAUAAUAUAAAAUCAUGUAAUUUUUUGAAUAGUAUAUGGAUAUAUUAUUAUUAUAAUAAUAUAAAAACUCUUACUAAGAAAAUCAAGGAGUUACAAAAUGAGAAGAAUAAUAAAAUUGAUUUACAAAAGUAUUUGCUAACCUUAAGCAUAAAUAUUAAUGAGGCCAUUACCUAUUUUGAGGAGAUUUUGAUACAUGUUAUGAAAGCAUAUGAUCAGAAAAAAUAUGAUUACGUUUUGUAUAUGAUUAGAGUUACAUCUAGAACAAAUAAGUAUGCAAAUUAUUUGAAGAACUAUGAGGGAAAAUAUAUAUAUACAAGUCUAAGUAACGAUACAUAUGAAUAUGAUAAUUAUGUGAAUAAUAUUAUAGAUAAAUUUCAUGCAGAAGAAAAGAAAAGAAGGAACAAUGAAAAGGAAAAGGAAACAAGCAGGAUGAUAAAUACUGAAGAAAUAAAGAAUGUAGAAAUUAUAAACAAAAUACAAGACAGAAAUAAAACCAAACCAACAUACAGUAAUAAUAAUAUGGAGGACGAAUACGUUCAUUUAUACAAGAAUUUGGAAUUGUGUAGAAUAUGUGUUAGUAACAUAUUUAAAAUCUUUGGAGAUCUGUUUAGAUAUAAAUAUUAUUUUUUUGAAGAAAGUAAGAAAGUGAACGAAAUAAAAGCAUGUAUAAAUUAUUACAAUUCUUUAAAUUAUUAUGGAUAUAACGGUUAUUUAUUUAACCAGAUAUGUUUAUUAUAUGUUAAUUAUAAUCCUAUAAAAUGUAUGUUCUUUUAUUUUUUAUCUAUUAUAUCACAUAAACCUUCUAUGAAUAGAGAUACGAUAGUUAUAUUUAUGGAAAGCAUAUUAAAUGAAAGGAAAAGGAUGAGUAGAUUAAUGGAAGAUUCAAAGAGAUACAAAGAUGGAAAUAUAUGUAACAAGGAUAUAAAUGAAAAAUCGAGUACCCUCAUUAGUAACAAGAGGAAUGAAUAUAAUAAAAGUGAUUAUUUUGAUAGUAAUCGACUUGGUAGUAAAUAUAUAUAUCGUAUGAAUGGGCAUCAUCAUCAUAAUAAUAAUAAUUAUUAUUAUUAUAAUGAAAAGGAAUAUGAUUGUCAUCAUAGAUAUAAUAGAGAAUAUACUUAUUAUGAUAAUUAUUAUAAUUAUUAUUAUGCUAUACGUAAAUCAAGAUAUGGGUAUCAAAGUUACAGGAAUAAUCAUAAAAUCAACCCAAGUAAUUUUAUUAAUUCCUCCUUUACAGACAUCAAAAGGGAUAAUGAAAUGUCAUAUAAUAAUAGACGCAGUAGUACUAAUAGUACCAGUAGUAAUAAUAAGAAGUAUAGUAAUGUGAACAGAUAUAUGAAAAAUUAUGAUUACCUAAAUAGAAAGGAAAAUUCUGAAUAUUUUCAUGUAAAAAAUAGAGAAGAAAAUAUUUAUUUAUGCUAUAAGGAUUGUAAAAAUAAAAUAAAAAAAAUGUUUCUAAAGGAAAAAAAAAAAUAUAUUCAAAGUGAAAAAGAAAAGAAUGAUGAAGAUGUAGUAAGGGAAUCAAAAAGAGAAAAGAAUGAAGAAGAUGUAGUAAGAAAAUACAAAAAAGAAAAGAAUGAAGAAGAUGUAGUAAGAAAAUACAAAAAAGAAUUAAUUAAAGAAUUAAUUAAAGAAGUUGAUAAAGAUGUCGAAAAAAAAACAGACGAUGAUAACAAAAAGAAUAACAUCAUUUUAAAAAAUAAUAAUAUGAAUAACCAUGAUACAAUAGAAAUGAAACUCAAUGAAACAAUCAUAAAUUUUUAUAUUAGUUAUUUUAAGAUUAUAAAAUUAUUAUUUUCAAAAAUAGAUAUGAACAAAUUUGAAAAGAAAAAAAAUAAAUUUAUAUAUUAUACAAAUAAAUAUUUAAGAAUUCAAUAUUAUAAUAAUAAACAAGAUAAAUUAAUGUUAAAAAAUAUAAUCUUAAUAAUUUUUACACUCUUGAGUAUGAUAGUAUAUAUUAUUAUAAAUCAUUAUGAAAAUAAAAGAAAUACAAUUGGUUUCUUUUUUUAUGGAAAUAUUAAUAUAAGGAAAUAUAUAUAUAAAAAUGAACAGAUCUAUUUUUCAUUUGUAUUAAUUCAUGAUAUAUUAUUAUCAUGUAAAUAUUUUUAUGAACAUUUUUAUUCAAAUUACUUAUCGGUUUUUAUAUAUACAUUAUACUGGUUAAAAAACGAAUACAAUCUUUUUAAUAAUCAUAUGGAUAUAUUAAAUGAAGAAGAUGAUAAGGAAAAAAAUUCUCUAAUUAAUCAAUAUCAUGAAGAUUAUAAAAAAAAAAAAACUGUUUAUCUUAUUACACCCAAGGUAAAAGGGAAUAUUAAAAUCAAGGGUAAUUUCCAUGACUCUAAGGAUAAUACUUUAAAUUGCAUUUCCAAUGAUAAUAAAAAGUCAGGUGAUAAAAAUGAUGUACACGCUACAAAUUCGGCGAGCAUGAAUAAUAUGUAUGAUGAUAUCAAUAGGUUAGAUAAAAAUAAAGAUAUUAUCAAAAGUAUAAAAGAAUUGUUAUGUAGCUUAAAUGUAAAGGAGGAUAUACAAGUGGAUAAUUCUUAUUUGCAUUUUAAAUUGAAGGAGGAUUUUUAUAUUCAUCCAUUUUUAAGCGUGUUACAAUUUAAGAAAAUGGACAUUGAAAAAAAUGAGCAGGAUGAAAAAUGUAAAGAUGUAAAAUGUAAAGAUGUAACAUGUAAAGAUGUAACAUGUAAAGAUGUAACAUGUAAAGAUGUAAAAUGUAAAGAUGAAAAAUGUAAAGAUGAAAAAUGUAAAGAUGUAAAAUGUAAAGAUGUAAAAUGUAAAGAUGUAAAAUGUAAAGGGGAUGCAAAAUAUAAGGAGGAUACAAAAUAUAAGGAGGAUGCAAAAUAUAAGGAGGAUACAAAAUAUAAGGAGGAUACAAAAUAUAAGGAGGAUAAAAUAAAGGUAAAUGUAAAAAACGGCAUACAUUUCAAUGUUGAAAAAAAUAAAAACAAUUCAUCUGUUUCUUCUACUGAAGAAUAUUCUCUUGAAGAUUCAAAUGAUGAUGAUGAUAUUGUUGUUUUAAAAAAUCCAUUAUUUGAAAAACCAGAUGAUAUGUUACCUGAAAGUAUAAUAGACUAUAAAAUGAUGAGACUAAAUAAAAAAUUAGAUUCUUUUAAUAAUUUAUAUGAUAAGUCUAUAGAACCUGUAAGUACUAAUAAUUCAGAUAUAACAAAAAAAGAGAUUGAUUUGUCGGAGAUGGAUACUGAAGAUAACAAAUUAAAAGAUUUAAAUUCAUCAAUAUAUGUUGAUGAACAUAUAGAGAAAGAGUCAUCUGUAACAUCAGAUAAGAAGGAGGAUUGUAUAGAGACGGCAGAAUAUAUUAUAGCUACAAAAAAUAUUGAUUAUGAUAUAGAACUUGAGAAAAAGAUAAAAAUUUCCAGAUACCUUUCUUUAGUUGAUGAUGUAGUAAAAAAAAACAAAAUAGACACAAAUAAAAAUAUAAAUGAAGAUAUACGUUAUAAUAUCUUUUUUGAAAGUUUAUAUAUUAAAUGUGUUGAAAUUGAGGAGGAAAAUAUCAAACUUAAAAAUGUAAAGAUGGAAUAUGAGAACAAAAAUGUUAGUUAUAAUAUACAUAAUAAUGAUAAUAUAGAGGAAUGCAUAAAUAUAGAUAAAAAAGAAGAGCUUCCUAAUACUAAUAAUUUUUGCGAUAAUAAAAGAUACAGUUUUACUAAAAUAAAAAAGAUAGAUGAUAAUAUUCCUAUGGAAGAUGUAGAAAAUACAUAUGCUGCUUUAUAUGAAAAUAUUAUUAAAAGAAAAAGUAUUGAACAAGUUAAUGUAUCAUAUAAGGGGAAAGAUAUUAUUCAUGAUAGUAAGGAUAGUCAUAACGAGAAGCUUAUACAUAAGGACACCAAAUGUAUAAUUUUGAAUACCUCAAGUAUAACAACUAUGAAUAGUAUAAAGAAUGAAGAAGAGAGGGAGAUAGAAAUGUUUAAGAAGGGAUAUGAACAGAAUAAUGAUUAUAAUAAAUUAAUAGAAAAUAAUGAAAUAAAGAAAAUGAAAGGUGAUAAUAUCAAAGAUUAUGAUAUGAAGAAUACAUUUAAUUAUAAAUAUAAGGAAACAGAUUCUUUAGAAAAUUCAAACAACAUUUGUGUAAUUAAAAGCAUUAUGAUAAAUAAAAAUAACAAUAUGGUGGAUGACAUACAAUGUUUAAAUAAUAAUAAAAAUGUGGGUAAUCAUUCUGUAGACAAUGUAGAAAAUAUAACAUGUGUUAAUAAGAAAGAUGUAAUCAUACAUCCUAAUAUUAUUGAAGCUAAUCAUGUAAACCAAUCAGGUGUGUAUAAGGAUGAUGGUUUUUAUGAAGGUCCUGAUAAUAAUAAUAAAUAUAUAAGUGUGAAUAAAACAAAUGAUACUAUUCAUAAUACAAAUAAAUUUAAUAUAAUGGAAAAUAGGAACCUUAUGGAUUCUUCUGUAAAUGAUGAUCUGCAAAUGUUAAGAAAAUCUUUUAAUCUUAAAUCGAAUGGAAUAUUAAAUAAAAGAGAAGUUGAUAAUACUGAUUUGACAUUCAUGUGUGAAAAUUGUUUCAUGAAAGAAAAGUGUAUGGAACAUGAAUACGACAACAACAGCAAAAAUAAUGACAACAGAAAAAAUAAUGACAACAGCAAAAAUAAUGACAACAGCAAAAAUAAUGACAACAGCAAAAAUAAUGACAACAGCAAAAAUAAUGGCAACAGCAAAAAUAAUGGCAACAGCAAAAAUAAUGACAACAGCAAAAAUAAUGACAACAGCAGAAAUAAUGACAAGAACAAAAAUAAUGACAGCAAUAAUAAUAAUGAGAAUAAAUAUGAUGUGAAUAAUUUAUCGAUGCAUAAAAAUAUAAAUGUUACAAAGGGGAUGUUAGAAGACUCUUUUGAAAAGUAUAACUUUUUGGAAAAUGACAAAGGCACAAAUAAAUCCUUAAAUAA